AAAUGCUUGACCAACUGCAAUCUAUGAGGCACUGAAUUCUUUCCCCAUGCAAUCCAGCAGCCAGUGUCAGGACAACACUAUAUUUAGAAAGCUGAUAAAGGUUUGGUGCUGACAGUUGUCCUGCCCGCUGAUGAAGAAGCCACAGAGAGAGAGAGAGAGAGAGAGAGAGAGAGGGCAGCUGAUUUCUCUCUCCCUAAUACUAUUCCCUGCCAAAUUUCCUGCCCUCUUUACUGGACUCCUUCACUGUGCCUCAGACAGGAAUCUACCAAUUUUCCAGCAGAGUCUUCUACAUACUGACGUUCUAGGAAAUCCUCUCACAGCUGCCAUGGCAAGCAGCAGAGAUUCAGACAACGAGCAAGUAGUGCCAGAUGAAGAGGAAGAGAGGUCAGAUGUGAAGGCAGUGCAGGCCCACUAUCUCCGCAGCCCCUCCCCAAGCCGAUAUUCAGUGAUAUCGGACACUGAUACAGAGAGCAUCUUCAUGGAGCCAAUCCAUCUGUCAUCUGCUGUGGCUGCCAAACAAAUAAUCAAUGAAGAACUGAAAACAAAGGAUGUCAAAGUAGAUUCAGUAUGUCCCAGGAUGUUAGAGUCUGCGCAGCAGUUGAUGGUGGAAGACCUGUACAACCGAGUUAAGGAAAAGAUUGAUGACACCAGCUUGUUCAACACACCAUGUGUGAUGGACUUGCAGAGGGCACUUGUGAAGGACAGGCUGGAGACCCCCAGGGAUGCUGUGGAUGAAGUCUGGCCUAACGUCUUCAUAGCAGAAAAAAGCGUUGCAGUGAACAAAAGCCGUUUGAAGAGACUGGGGAUCACUCAUAUCUUGAAUGCAGCUCAUGGUACAGGUGUAUACACGGGACCAGGUUUUUACAAUGGUCUGAAUAUCCAGUACCUAGGCAUUGAAGUGGAUGAUUUUCCAGAUAUGGAUAUCUCCAAACACUUCCGUCCAGCUGCUGAGUUCCUGGAUGAAGCACUGCUGACUUACAGAGGCAAAAUCCUUGUCAGCAGUGAAAUGGGAAUCAGUCGCUCAGCUGUGCUGGUGGCUGCUUACCUGAUGAUCUACCACCAUAUGACCAUUCUGGAGGCUCUCAUGACUCUGCGAAAGAAGCGUGCCAUUUAUCCCAACGAUGGCUUUCUGAAACAGCUAAGAGAGCUCAAUGAGCAAUUGUUGGAGGAACGAGAGCUGGAGAAUACUGGAGAUGAUGAUGUCACUCCCAGUCAAAGUCCUGCUGUCCAUGCAGGGACCUCUUCCCAGCUGUCUGGAGUUGGGGACUCAGAAAGCAUCAUGGGAGCCAAAGCCCAUUCCAUUAUAGUAGAAGAAGAGGACACCAGCAGCCUCCUGGGUAGUCUUAUGAGCUCUUCAUCGGUGGGAAAAACUAGCUGCGUUUCCAAACACUCCACCCUCAUCAGUGAGGAGGAAGAGGAACAGCUGUAUGAGGAAUGGAGGAAGAAACAAGGCCUGCCUGAAAGGGAACCAGCAACUAACCAUGGGAGAAGAACAUCUCCAAAGUUUCUGGCUCAGGAAGAGGAACAAUCUGAGGAGGAUGUGGAACAGAUGAUCCAUGACUGGCAGUGCAAAAAUGAGAAAUAUCAAAUGGAGGGUCCACCUCGGGAGGAGGAUGGAGACUUCAGCAUGGGAGGAAGACCUUACCCAUCACGUGAAUGCAGUGAUGUUGAGAGUGUGAGCAGUCUUGAGAUCCGAACCCUAAAGCAACAGCUGGAAGCCAGUAGCUGUAACAGGAUGAGGAGGAGCCGCACAGGCUCUCUUUCUUCAGAGAGCACUUGGGACAUGUGGAACCAGAGAAUUCUGGAGAUUGAGAAGGAAGCCGCUCAGAGGUAUCAUUCUAGGAGUAAAAAUGGUGGGGAGAGCUGGUCCUCAGAAACAGGAAGAAAGGAGAGGGAUGUGGAUGAGGAGAGCGUGUUUUCAGACAGUAGCUCCUUUUAUAAUUUCUGCCAAAAGAACAAAGACAAACUGACUCCUCUAGAAAGGUGGAAGGUCAAAAGGAUCCAGUUUGGCUUUCACAAGAAGGAUUUAGAAUCAUCAUCAUCUUCUGCUCCAUCUCCAGCUGAAGAAGGCAGCCAGACAGGUGGGGAGGUGACAGAAGGGAAGAGCUUGUCAGAUAUUAACCUGUCUGCUUACCAGGCUUGGAAAAUGAAGCGGCAGAAGAAGGUAGGCAGUGAAAGCAAGGACGAAUUUGUGGAGCUUGCCAAAAGUGAAGAUUCUGUUUCAGCUAAAAAGAAGCAGAGGCGAGUAGAGCUCCUUGAACGUUCAAAGAAGAUCUUAGAAGAAAGCCAGUCCAUGUGCAGCUGGGAGACAGACAGUACAGUGAGUGGGAGCAUCCCAUUGUCAGCUUUCUGGCCCUCAGCACCUUCUGCAAGUGGUACUGAGGAUGCAGUUUCUGCAUUGAGCAUGCAGACAAAUCACUCAUCUUUAUCCCAGGCCAGGAGUAGUGCUGGGGCAAUGCAGCCUCAAACACCAAAUAUACCCCUCCCCAACCUCCCAGUUGGCCCAGGUGACACAAUAUCCAUAGCAAGCAUUCAGAAUUGGAUCGCUAACGUGGUCAGUGAAACCAUUGCUCAAAAGCAAAAUGAGAUCAUGAUGCUGUCUCGUCCAUCUUCUGCAAUGGCUUCCAGCGUAAUGUCAGGAGACGUUAACAGGCGUGUAGAUGAUGAUAAAAUUUCCCUUCUCAGUGCUCAGAGUGGCUCAUCCCUUGCCACCUCUCAGCUCCGCCAGCCGGACUUACACAGGGCUGAGUCUCAGUCUGUCCUGUCUUGCAAUACCUCAGUCAGUGCAAGGACAGAAGGGACUAGUUCAAACAUGAAGGUCACACAAACAAGCAAACCACUGUACAGCCUCUUCGCCGAUGAUGUUGACCUGAAGAAACUCAGGAGGAAGGAGAAAGAGAUGCAAAUGGAAAUGAGAGAGAAAAUGUCAGAUUAUCAAAUUGAAAAGGUGGUCACAGACAAUAAACGCAGCACUUUAUUUAAAAAAAAGGUGACCAAAGGAGAGGAAAGUGAAAAGGAAGAUGACACAGAGAGCGCAUCAGGCAGCCAUAGAUACUCCUUGCAAGCAGAUCUCGACAGAACUGAUAGAGCGUUUGCUCUAUCCAGUCAAUGUGCAAAUGCAGGUGAACUGAAGUCAGAGGCAGAGACUGAUAUUACCAAGUGGCUCAGUGGCGUGAAAGAAAGAGAACCAUCAUACCAUGAUCAGAGCGAGAAGGUUAGAGAGAAAUAUAACAGAUCAUCGAAAGUUAGAGAGAUGGAUUCUGAAACAUCCAGUUAUAGAUUCUCCAGAUCCCAAAGAGAAGAGCUAAACAGCUGUUCUUCCUAUGAGUCAAAAGGAGAUUCACUGAGAACCAUGUCAAGAUUUUCUUCUGCUUCCGCAGUAGAGGACAAAAAGAUGUAUAAGUACACAAGGUCAAGGGUCAGUGAGACCACAAGUGCGAGAGAAGAGAGCCCAGAGCUGUAUGUUUUCAGACGAACACCUGAACGGUCCUUUGACUCUGAAUCCCCUGAACCAUCUACACAGAGUCGAGUUAGAUCUCAUCAUGUGGAGGAGUGUGAAGAGGAGGCCAGAUCGGACACGUCAGAAUUUGGAGCUAAGAGAAAGUUCACCCAGAGCUUUUCAAAGUCUGAAGAGGAUGGAAAGAAAGAGGCAAAAGUGGAACAAAAUGAAGAGAGAUUUGCAUCAAGAGCAUUCUCUCAGUACAGGCGAAGCAUUCGUAAAGAAGAGGAAGAAGAGAUGGAUGAUGAUGCUAUUAUUGCUGCUUGGAGAAGCCGACUAGAAGAAACUACUGCAAAGCUCCGGCGGAGAAAGGAAGAGUGACCAAGGAUCAGAUUAUAGGAACACAAAUAGAGUCACAGAGUCACAGAAUCACUCAUCAUUAUAUUUCUGAUAAUCCUUUGUGGUUUGUAGGCCAUUUCCUGCAGAUAUUUCUCUUUUCUUAAUCAAAAGCCAUAAAGGGAGGAGGUCAAGUUUUGGAAGUGUUUGUGGUUUGUCAGAAAGAAGAUGCUACUGUUAAAUGAUCAAUGUAGGUAGGAGCGCAAAGUUAGAAGCCAUUAGGAGCCAGAGGACAUUUCAGCAGCAAGAGCAAGUAAUGGUGGCAACUCAGUUCAAAAGACCAAUCGCAUCCCAUUUUGGUUAUUUCAAUUUUCAGCCUCGUUAAAGACUGGACAUAUUUUUUCUAGGAUCCUUUUGAUCAUAAAUGGGAGAAGCCAACAGCCUUUUCAAGGAACUUGAAGAACGUUCCUUUCUUAAUCAGUUUUACUUUAUCCCACUGAGAAGAUAUUGCCAGCACCUUAGUAACGCAGACAGCUGAAGACAGUAACGUUCUGAACUUCCUCGGAUGAAUCAGUAGGGCUUGGGAACCAGAACCUUCAAUUCCCUGGGAUCGAAAAUCAAGGUACUGGAAGUAGUCUCAGGACUAUGCCUUCAGGAACUGAACAGUAGCUAAAGCUCAGCUGGCACAUGGAAAGAUUUUCAAAUGUUUCCUCCUACUGGUAACAGCAGCAGCUGCUCCAGCAGCAUGAGCAAGCUGGGAGCCUGACGAAGAAUGACACCUGGCUACUGCCAUCUUCAGGACUAUACCGUGUAAUUAUUCAGGUCUUUUGUAAAAAACACCUGUGGCAACUGGCAAAGCAUCUGCACAAACAUUCCCAACCCUCAGGCUGAGAAAAUUUUAAAUAGCCUUAGUAAUAGAACAUAACAUUAAAAUCUUGAUGAUGAGUGAGCGUGGGUGGAAUAAUUGUCUGUUCAGAGAGAGGCGGCUUUUUCUCACUUCUGUUCCUGUAGUUGAAUUCUUAUCUCUUGGAUAAAUAAAAACAGUGCUCACCAGUUAUUAUUGUUCUUGUUCACCUUUGACUCUUGAUUAGAUUUACCGCAGAUACAUCCCUUUGGCAAUGAAAGAGGAAUCAACACAUUUCUGAUGCAUGCCAGUGGAAUCCGUACCCCCUGCCUUACCUCAGACAGUCAAGCUCACAGUUUUCUGAAUGGCUGUGAAUCAUCCAUCCUUCUAACUCAUGGCUAAGACAUACCUUUUUUGAGUGAACACUCAACCAUGAUCAGGAUGUUCUAUAUCACGCUGAAUUUUUACCUUGUUUUUAAUCCUCAUCAUUUGGAACCAAGUCAAUUAUCUCUCUUAAGAGAGAAACGCAUGGUGACUCACUUGGGCUGCUUUUCCUUCUAUAUUUUUCAGUGUUUUCCCUGAAGAGGCCCCAGGAUUAUUGCAAACCAGUCCCAGGAAGAAAUGCUGCUCAAUUAGGCGAAAAGAAACUCGAAGGAAAAAAAAGGAGUAGAGCCAGUAAAUUGCUUGAGAUAACAAUCUCCCCCCACCCAUGUGUCUCUGUAACUAAGAGGAUUAGCUGAACUUUCUGUGUCACACCAAAACUGACAAUAAGCAACAGUGACUUCCCCCUGCUGGCACUUGUACCUUCACAUGUUUCAUUUUCUUGCCCAUACUACUGCCUUGCCCCUUGCUGAUUGUAUGACAAACUUGGGAGUGAACAUGAUGGCUCUUUCCUUUCCUGUAAGAUUUAUGACUCAAAGCCAAACAAAAAACAACUCUAGUUAUGACAUGCUCUGUUGCUUCCUCGCAAUAGCUUUCACUUCUAACAGCAUAAGCUAACCAGGGAAACAUGCAAAUAUGGUCUACUUGAUCUCACCUACUCUAGCAGCUGUAUGCCAGAGAUACAAACAGUAGCCUCAGCUCUGCUACCACGAGAGAGGGCAGAAAGUCUUCCUUUGGGAGCAGGACCAAAUCUGCAGGAUAUAGAAAGCAGAAGUCCCCUCGAAACUCAAAGCGACAGAGGCUCCAUGUAGAUGCAGCGCUACCUUUUGACUUUAACUGUCCCAAACAAUUGAUUUCUUUCUGCUGAGCUGGGUAUCAACAUAGUUUUCAAUAAGGUGAGCAACUCUUUUUUUCAUAAGCCUGCCACAGAACUUGUAUAGAGAACUUGUUCUAAAAGAAAGACAAGAUAAUGGAGGAGUACUCCCCAUCAAAAGUACAGCUCCCAUCUAAGCAUGCCACUCCAAGUUUCUACAGAAGACCACAGGAGAAGGUGGUGGAAAUACAAAAAGUGAACCUUUCUGAUACCUGAAGGGCAGCAUGCAGGCACAUGGAAGAAGCAAGCAGCUGUGGCACACUAAGGAAGGAAGUGGAAAGCAAGAGGAGACAGGAGAAACUGUAGUGAGCUGGAGCAGCAGAAAUAUUUUCACAUUGGUGUAAAGCAGAUACCAACACUUAAGAAAGAAGCAUUGUGCAAAACAAGUCGGGAUGUGGGACUCAGCUGAUUGGCUAUGGGUAAGGCUUGAGGGGAACUGCUGGCAGAGCAAAAUCUGUAAGACAUAGUGGCACUGGGUCAUCAAAUGCACAGGAUUUGCUGGUUUUGGGGAAGUGUUUUAUUGAACUCCUGUACUGCUUACCCUCCCAUUGCUAUAUAACUCCUUGGAUCUAAAUUAAAUCACUGUGGCAUUUCUGCCACUUAAAAUGGUGCAAGUAUGUACUCUCAGGCCACAUAAAUUCAGCAAAGUAUUAGUUUGAGGGCCCCUGUACAGCUUUAUCUGAGAUCAAAGGGUAUGUGUUGAGGGAGAGAAAUACCUACAGACAUUCAUAGACUUUUACUUCAAAAAUCUGUUUGGACUGAGGUGUUGUACAAAAUGCCCAGUGCAUUGCCAAGGGGGAAGAGGGCCUUGUCACUCUAUAGCAAGCCCUGUCUUGCCUAUAUGGAGCAGCAGUUUUAGUUCAAAGGGACCUAGGUCCAUUCUCUUUCUCCAUAUACAUGAAACAGGACUAGAGUGGAGCGUGGCAGCCUUUUAACAGUGCCCCACAGCACUGCAAGAGUUCAGACUGGAGAGUGAAGGACACCGUGUCCAAUUGAAAUUACAGAGGAAUUUAGGCUAGGCAGAAUGUAAUUACACAAUUGGAAUUUAAACUGUGAAAUUAAAAGGAAAUAUUCAAGGAUGAAGGGGCAGAGAGAAUCCCUAAUCUCCACCCAGGCUAGGCUGCAUGCCAGAAAAGUCCUUUUCUGAAGAAGGAAUAAGCAAAGAGCCUGUCCUGGAAGAAAGGGAGGUUGAGAAUAGACAAUGUUUUCAAAAGCACCCUAACUCCAGCUGUGUGUUUGUUUCAUAGGCUAUGUCUAUUCUACAGAAAACCUUGUGGUUGCUAAAAGGUGUCAAAUGUGUGUCCCUCUUGGCCCCCUGUUCACUAAGGUCAAAAACAAUUUGGUUCCUCAGGUAAGCAGCACCAGAGCAUUCCCAAGGUCUGUAGCAGAAAGUGUGCUAGAUGGCUGAUCGAAGCAAGGAGUCCAGCACUCCUUUUCAUAUAGAUGCAAAACACAGUUUUUAAAAUAGGGUCUGCUUGACUGCAGCCUCUCUCCCUAUAAUAUCUGACUGCUUCCCAAGUGUUAACUAAUGAUCCCUUUAGCGUUCCGUUUUAGUAAGAGGAGGCAGAGGAAAACACUGGAAACAGUUCUGUGGCAGUUUUGAACAGCAACUUGAAUCAGGCAAUUGCAAAACCUGCUCUCCAAGAGAUCUGAAUCAAGUUGUGGGGUGUACACCAUUGUUGGCCCUUUCUGAGUAGAGAGACAGGUAGAGAUGGAGCCAUCCCUGCAGAUCUCAGGGAGAGAAUUGAUAACAUGCCAAACAGGGUCUUUCAGUCAAGGCACAAUAGAGACAACCAGGAGCUCCUCUUCUUGGGCUGCCCAGGUGCACAUGUAACAGAAGACAAAUUACUUAAUUUCUCUGCCUUGGUUUGCCAUUCAUGAAAAAGUGCAGUGAUAUAUCCUGAAUCUUCUGAGUCGGUGAUUUGUAGGACAUAAUUGAUUAAAAUUGGAAGGUGCUCAGAUGCCGCAUUGAUGACAACCAUUGAAACGCGUAUAAAAAAUAGAGCUGGUAAAACUAAGUGCAGUGUAAGUAGCAGAGAGUGAGGAGUAGAUUGAAAAACCCACCUGAAAAGAUAAGUGUGCUCUUAGUGAUUACCUCUCCCUUCCAAGAGGAUGUGUGAAGGUUCUGAAUUACAGUGUUUUUUUUUUUAAUAUGAAAAUGAAAACCAUGUUUCUUUUUCUUUUUGCUCCAUCUCCAGAAGAGCAGUUAGCUAGCUUCUGGGAGAGGUAGAGUAUUAUGAGAUGGUACAACUUUUCUGCUAAGGUUUAAUUGGCUGGGAGAUUCAGGGGAUCAAGCCAGAACUCUCAGAAAUAAGAGAUGCUGGGUUAUCCUUUCUCCAGUCUAGAGGCAACAAAAGAGGGAUAGACAGAACUAGAAAGCAGUUUGGUUGAAAGAAGUCAGAAGAUUGUGCAGGGAAAAAUAACAAUGUAUAUAUGCAACUGGCAGUCUUCAUUCCCUUACUGCUGUUUGCAUGCAGCAGUCCCAGUGUUCAUAGGAAGGAGCUGUGACCAGGGGAGACAACGUAUUACUGGAAUGAGGUUCCAAGCUGAGGGUGGGAACAGACUGUCUUACUGUGCUCAGGAACAGGAGGCGAAAAAGAAAACAACAAAGGGGAGGAAGGAGAGAGAGCUUUGUGGUUAAAGUGCUGAACUGCACAGCCUCAGCACACCUAGGCUGAGGUCCACUCAUGUUUCCACUGUGACCCUGGAGGAACUGUGCAUGAUCUUUAUAUUGCUUUUCGUCACUUCCCCUUCUCGACCAGGGAGCUCCUAAUCCUAUCUUUCCCUCAGUCUUUGUCGGCCAUCUCUCGAAAUUGCAGGCUUUUUGAGACAUGGACUGUCCUUUGCUAUUUGUAUCUGUAGCGUCUAAAAAAAUGAGACUGUAACCUCAGUUGGUCUCUCUGUAAGGGUUUAUAUUACAUGCGAAAAAUAGUAAACAGCCAGAGAGAAAAAGAAGAAUGUAACUGCAGGUGAGACAAUCUAAGCAGUCUAGAGGUGAAAGGAACAGAGGCAGACUGCUCUGAAGCAGAAGUCUCCAUUGCAGUAUGAAGAAAGUAUCUGAUCAGCAAAGGAAAGGGAAAGCUGAAGCAAACAUGAUGCUAGAAACAGGACCUCCUUGAGAUGGAGAGAAACCUGAUGUGAAGAAAAUAUAAUAGUAGAGACAUUGUGUGAAAAAAGCGGUAUCAGGGAUGCAAAUGUGAGUGGCACACUGGAACUGGAACAGAGCAGAUAGUUUGUUCUUAGUAUCUCUGUACAAUAGAGCUGGGUGAUGAAAGGGCUAAUUUCCUUCCCAAUCUGCUUUUUGCAAAAUAAUGUGAUUUGUAUUUCAUUUGUCCCCUGCCUCCCCACCUUAAAAAAUAUCCUUGUCUCUAACACACUACUGAAUUAAUUCUAGCAGGAGAGAAAAUUCAGGAGGCAAUGUAACCAACAUAGAAAAUGUAUUAUAGGCACAAAAAGUAGAGCACAACAAAGGAUCUCUGCAGGAGCUAGGAACUAGGAGAUAUCUGAAAAAAACAAAACAAAACAAAAACCAAAAAAAAAAAA